CUUCCCCCUCUGUCUCUUCUGUUCUAUAGCCUUCACCCGCCGCUUCCUCUGUUGUGGGAUCGAAGACACAGAGUUGAGGAGGGACCGCCAUUAAUGAAACAUUGGAAGAUGAAAUCAGAAGCAGUGACCUUAGCGUUAGUGAAUCUCGCAGGUAUCAUGGAGAGGGCGGAUGAGUCGUUAUUGCCCGGUGUUUAUAAGGAAGUUGGGGCUGCCCUACACACCGACCCUACAGGUUUAGGGUCCCUCACUCUCUUCCGAUCCAUCGUUCAAUCUCUCUGUUAUCCUCUCGCCGCUUACCUCUCUAUGCGUUACAAUCGUGCUCACGUCAUCGCUCUCGGUGCUUUUCUUUGGGCCGCCGCCACCUUCCUCGUCGCCGUCUCCUCCACCUUCUUACAGGUGGCAAUUUCGAGAGGUUUAAACGGCAUUGGGCUGGCCAUUGUUACUCCGGCAAUUCAGUCUCUGGUUGCCGACUCAACAGAUGAUAGCAAUCGAGGCAUGGCCUUUGGGUGGCUCGCACUAACCGGAAACAUGGGAAGCAUCAUUGGAGGUCUCUGUUCUGUUCUCAUAGCUUCAACUUCAUUCGCAGGCAUACCUGGUUGGAGAAUCUCUUUUCAUUUAGUUGCAUUCAUCAGUGUCCUUGUUGGUAUCCUCGUUUACCUCUUCGCCAACGAUCCUCGCUUUCCCAAGGGCCAUUUCAAACAUGAAGGUCCUGCAAAAUCGUUUUGUUCUGAAAUGAAAGAUAUGAUCAAAGAAGCAAAGGCAGUUAUCGGGAUUCCGUCGUUUCAGAUAAUUGUUGCUCAGGGGAUUUCAGGUUCCUUCCCUUGGUCAGCCUUGUCAUUUGCGACUCUCUGGUUGGAACUCAUUGGCUUCUCCCAUGUGAAAACUGCUUUGCUUUGGACUCUGUUUGUGCUCGCUGGUUCUCUUGGGGCUCUGUUUGGAGGCAAAAUGGGGGAUAUCUUAUCACAACGAUUACCAAACUCUGGAAGAAUAAUGCUGUCUCAAAUAAGCUCUGGUUCGGCCAUUCCUUUGGCUGCGAUUUUGUUGCUGGGUUUGCCUGAUGAUCCUUCCACCGCCUUCUUGCAUGGCCUCGUCCUGUUCAUCAUGGGAUUGUCUAUAUCUUGGAAUGGUUCUGCAACUAACAAUCCCAUAUUUGCAGAAAUAGUGCCUGAGAAGUCCCGGACGUGUAUUUAUGCUUUGGAUCGAUCGUUCGAGUCUGUGUUGGUGUCUUUUGCUCCGUUUAUUGUUGGGAUUUUGGCUCAGCAUGUGUAUGGUUUCAGACCAAUCCCGAAAGGAACCUCGGACUCUGUCGAGGUUGAGACAGACAGGGAAAAUGCUGCUUCGCUGGCGAAAGCUCUGUAUACUGCAAUUGGUAUUCCCAUGGCAGUUUGCUGCUUUAUCUACUCCUUCCUUUACUGUACGUACCCGAGGGACAGAGAGCGAGCCAGAAUGGUUGCUUUGGUUGAAUCAGAAAUGCUGAGGCUCGAAGAAGAAGAUGAUGAUGAUGAAGAAAAGGGAGUAGCAGAGGAAUGGCGUAAGAUUCAUAUUUCUGAAUCAAAUGGGGUGAAUGGUGACACUGAACAGAGACCUGAAAUGGAUGAUAGUGAUGAGAAGUAUUUGUUAUCUCGACAGCUGACAUUCGCUAAUCUAGCGGAAUAGAAAUUUGGAGCUUCAUUUAGACCAAUUAGGUGAGGCAGUCUAAAUGGAUGUUUCAUCUGUUCCACCACUCACAUCGAUGGUCAUAUCGCAUUUUUCAUUUCAUGCUGUCACCCCUGUAAUUAGAACAAUUUUGUAUUGGCAAUGAAUUGGAAUUCGCGUUUCCCUUCAGGUAGACUAUACUUGACUAUUGGGAAGAAGGGGAUAGCACCAAGGGGUGGUGGCGCAGUUGGCUAGCGCGUAGGUCUCAUAGCUUGUUGAGUGAUCCUGAGGUCGAGAGUUCGAGCCUCUCUCACCCCAAUGUUCUUUUUCUUCGGAAAAAUGAGUAGUGUGAUAGAAAAUUUUUUUUAUAAAAAAAAACUCAUUAUUUUA